AUGGCCAUAAUUUUGCCAAGCAGAAGCAAAGCAAAACUCCACCAAACAGCUGCUCUUCACCUUUUUUAUUCUUUUCCUGGUGCGGAUCUCAAAAUCAAGGCUGCCACUUACCUGAUUUGCUUCCCAAGUUUGAGUUUUCACUCUCAUUUGGACUAAAAAAAGAAAAUAUAACAAAUUCAUGGCGGUUUUAAGCCUCCAAGUAGUUCAGCUUCCUUCUCCUCAACAUCAUCUGUUAUUAAAAAGACAACGAACUGGAAGCUUUAUCCGUUGUGGCAUUGCUGAGCCGUCCGGGGAGCCAGCUCCCUUAGGACAGAAAACAAAGUACAAUGAUGGGUUCUUUGAGAAGGCCUUUAUGACAUUAUUUGCACGCAAGAUGGAGAAGUUUGCAGCUCCAGUGAAAUCUGGGACGGAAUUUAAGAAAAAGGGUUGGUUUGAUUAUGACUACGAGAGUUUUGUGGAUGUUUCAAAGAGAGUAAUGCAAGGAAGGUCAAGAAUGCAGCAACAAGAAGUGGUUAGGGAAGUGCUCUUGUCCAUGCUCCCUCCAGGUGCGCCAGCUCAGUUCAGAAAAUUAUUUCCACCAACAAAGUGGGCUGCAGAAUUCAAUGCUGCAUUGACAGUGCCUUUCUUCCACUGGUUAGUUGGACCUUCUGAGGUUGUGGAAGUUGAGGUAAACGGAGAGAAGCAAAGAAGUGGAGUUUUUAUAAAGAAGUGCAGGUACCUGGAGAAUAGUGGUUGUGUUGGAAUGUGUGUAAAUAUGUGCAAGAUUCCUACUCAAGAUUUCUUCACCAAUGAAUUUGGUCUUCCCUUGACCAUGAUUCCCAAAUUCCGAUUGUAUUUAUCUGCAGAUUUUGAAGAUAUGAGUUGUGAAAUGGUAUAUGGCCAAGCUCCUCCCCCAUUUGAAGAGGAUCCAGUAUCCACCCAGCCCUGUUUUGCAGACAUAUGUUCAAUGGCAAACCCCAACUCCCCUGUUUGUCAUAAAUUGCAAGGUUGAGGAUUUUUACUUCCUACAGUUCAAUUUGUAACUGGAAAUGGAAAUACAUAAAUUAUUUUAUGUCAUAUGCUGAUAUGCACCUCCAAGGUCUAUUUGCCUUGGCCAUAUACACAGUAUACAAGAUAGGUUAUCUUUAAAGUUCCAAAGUUCAGGCAUAAUUACUACAUUUUUUUUCUUUCAUUUUGUAAAUUUCAAAACAAAUUAAUAUAGGCUGCUCUAUAAGGACUA